AUGUCUAAUAACUAUCAAUUAGUAUCAAUAUUUGAUUAUCGUCUUAAUUAUCAUACAAUUUAUAAAUGUGCUGUAGGUGGAAAAUUUCAAGAAAAUGGUAAACAACAAAUAAUUAUUGUAACUCCUGAAAAUAAAAUUGUUCUCCAAAAUGAAAUUGAUAUUGUUCAUAAUAUAACAGAAAAAAUUAAUUGUAUAAAAGAAUUAAGAAUUACUGAUCCAUUAAAAGAAAAUGAUGAAGGAUAUGAUAUUUUAUUAAUAGGAACAAUUGAAAUAUGUGGUUGUGGUUCAGCUAUGUGGGGAUUUGAUGAAAAAGGAAAUGAAUUAUUUUGGACAACAAUUGGAGGAAAUAUAACAUGCCUUGCUAUUGUUGAUAUUGAUAGUGAUGGAACUAAUGAAAUAUUAAUUGGAAGUGAAGAUACAGAAAUAAAAAUUUUUAAAAAAGAUAUGUUAGUUGGUGAAUUAAGUGAAUGUGAUUCUAUUAGUAAUAUAAAACAUAUUAGGGAUGCAUUUAUUGCAUUUGCCUUAAUCAACGGAACAUUUGGUGUAUGGAAAAAUAAAAAUCGUUUAUGGAGAAUAAAAAGUAAAACACAAGUUGUAUCAUUUUGUUCAUUUCCUGAUGAUAAUUGUGUUGGAUGUAUUUUUAUAAAUGGUAAAAUUGAUAUAAGAUCAUUAAUGAAUGGUGAUAUAAUACAUAAAAUUACAAUAGAAGCUACCAUAAAUAAUGCUUUUCUAGGAAAAAUGGUUGAUGAUGAGAAUGAUAAUCAUUUAAUAAUUGUUACAAAAGAAGGUAGAGUUAUAGGUUAUAAAUUCAAGGAUUCAAGUUCUGUAACAAAUGAUCGUGCUCAACAAUUAAUACGUGAAUAUAAUAUGAAAAAAACAAAUCUAUUAAAAGAAUUAAAUCAUUAUGAUAGAAAAUCAACUGAAGAUAAUGUAUUAGGUAUUAAAAUCAUUAAAGAUUCUCAUUUGACCUGUUUUUUUUCUGCAACAAUAUCUGAUGGCUUACAGUUACAUAUUAAAAUAGACGAUAAUGUUUUUAUAAAAACUGUUAUAAUAUUUGGUGAAGGAAUUUUUCCUGGUGAAUCAUUUAUCUAUCAUCCAAAUGAAAUAUUAUCAAAUGAAAUAUCAAUCCCAUUAAAAUUAAAUAAAGAUAUUUUAUUAGAAUUACAUUUAAAGGUAAUUGUUGGUACAACAGUUGAUAAUCAAUUUCAAGUAAUGGAAGUAUUUAAAACUUUACCAAAAUUUUGUUCCAUUGUUUUAUGUCAAUCUGAAUAUACACCACCUGUUAGUAAAGUUGAAUUUAAAUCAAUAUUUAAAUCAAAAAAUUUUAUAGAAUGGUUUAAUGAUAAUUUUUUGGAUGAAAUUAAAAUUGAUAAUGAAACAUUUUUAGUAAAAAUGUAUAAUUUAAGAACUGAAAAAAUUCUUUUAUUAAAACUUGAUUCAGAAGGAACAUUUUCUAUACAACAUGAUGACUUAAGAACUACUGGUGAUAUAAUACAAUCUAUUGGAGAAUAUCUUGGUAUAGAGACAUUAAAAUGUUUAGCAAAUUUUCCAUUAGAAUUUAAAAGACUUGAAGGAAUGUUUGAAAGUAUAGAAGAUUGUUAUGAAAUUCAAAAACAAUUUACAGCUGAAUUUGCUCAAAAAAUAAAUUUAACAAAAGAAUGUGUGAUAAGAAGUGAAGAUGCACUAAUAUGUAACAAUUAUAAAAGAUGUAAACAAUUUUAUAAUAGAGUUAAUUUGAUGAAUAGUGAAUUAUUAGCACAACAUAAAUUAAAAAUAAGUACAAGAAAUAAUUUAUUAUCAAUUCUUAAAGAUGUUAACAUAACUGUUGACUUGUUUGCUAAUUUAAGGAUUGGUGAACCAUCAACUCAAUUGAUUGCAGAAUGUCGAAAGGCAAUUGUUAAUGAAAAAUUAUUUUCAAUGAUUAAUUUACUUCAAUAUGGUAUAUGA